AUGAACGUGAACCAGCUGAAACACUAUCGUGGAAGGUGGAUCCGACCGUUCAUGGAUGAAGUUCCUGUCGGUCUGGAUGACGAGCCAUCGAAUGAGCCUUUGGAAGUGUCCGACCUACCUGCGUCUAUUUGA